UGUUGUCUCCCCUUGACUAUUCAUGUCGGCAAGUAGUUUCCCCCCUGCUGCUGCUACUGUUAUUUAUUUCCCCCAGGUUAAAUCAGAAAAGUGUAAAGUCUGAAAAACCUUGCUGUCAAUACUGGAAGCUGAAAAAUUUGUUCUACUAUUUGUCUAAAAGUAAUCCCAUAAAAUCCUUACAGUAUUUAAUGCCUGAAAGUUGACUUUAUGAAGGUAGUAAAAUGUAUUCUGGCCAACCAGUUUAUCCAAGUUUUGGGAACCAUUAUAAUUAUCACAGUUGUGGAAUCUCUUAUCCUUCCAAUGACCAGGCUCAAACAUACAAGAAUGUACCUCAUAACUCAAAGAAACCAUAUAAAUGUGAUGUAUGCCGAAAAGGUUUUACACUAAAAGCUUAUUUAAAUAAGCAUGAAUUAGCUUCAGCAACAGGAAAACACUUCAACUGUGCCUUCUGUGGGAAAGUAUUCAGCCAAAGAGAUAAAUUGAAGAAUCAUGAACACACACAUACUGGUGAAAGACCAUAUACCUGUGAAGUAUGCUGUAAAGCAUUCAGUCAGAGAACACAUUUGAACAGUCAUAAACGUAUUCAUACAGGAGAAAAACCAUUUACAUGUUUGAUUUGUCGGAAAUCCUUCUCACAGAAAUCGCAUCUUAAUAACCAUGAACGUACCCAUACAGGGGAAAAGCCUUUUAUGUGUUCUGUUUGCUGUAAGGCAUUUAGUCAAAGAACACAUCUCAAUAGUCAUGAACGUAUUCAUUCUGGUAUUAAACCUUUUGUUUGCUUAAUUUGCAACAAAGCAUUUGCACAGAAGGAUCAUCUCAACAACCAUGAAAGGAUUCACACUGGAGAAAAGCCAUUUAAAUGUGAUGUAUGUAAGAAAGCAUUCAGUCAGAGGACUCAUUUGAAUAAUCAUAAGCGUGUUCAUACUGGAGAGAAACCAUUUAAGUGCAGUGUAUGUCAAAAAGCAUUCAGUCAAAGAACACAUUUAAAUAAACAUCAGCAUACACACACUGGAGAAAAACCUUAUAAAUGUGAAGUGUGCAAGAAAGCAUUUUCUCAACGAUCACAUCUUAAAAAACAUGGACAUUCACACAUAGGGGUAUCAAAUGACACUGGUAUGUCUCAAAGACGAAAUCAAACACCAAACCAACUUCAGCUGGAACCUAUCUCAGCAGGUACUGGCAGUAGUGAGCUUCAGCAGCCAGCAGCUGUUACUACUGCUCCUGCUAUGGGAUCAAUGUGCACACAUCAUCAAAUGGUGGCUCCUAGACCAGAUCAUAAUCAUGCAUGGGUGAGGGGAUUCCCUGUGUCACCUACAUCAUGGACAACUACCAGCUGGGUAACUUCAAGCAAUGUUCCUUCAUGUACAGCUGGACACAAUAUAUCCCCAUGUACAGGUGGACACAAUAUAUCUCCAUGUACAGGUGGACACAAUAUGUCCACAUGUACAGCUGGACACAAUAUAUCCACAUGUACAGCUGGACACAAUAUAUCCACAUGUACAGGUGGACAUACAAUGUCACCAUGUUCUGGAGGACAUGAUAUAUCCCCAUGUAUUAGUGGACACAACAUGUCCCCAUGUACAGGUGGACAUGACAUGUCCUCAUGUACAGCUGGACACAACAUAUCCUCAUGUACAAGUGGACACAGCAAGCAAUCAGAUUAGAUGUUUUAUUCAGUCUCUGUUAAGUUUCUUAAAUUUAUUAGACAUUAAAAGAAAUUACAUAUAUAUAUUGUUAAUUAAUACUAUAUUGCUAUGAUGUUUAGGUAUUUUACCUCCACUUCAUUUUCAAUGCAGAAAGAAAGGUAUUGUUAUUUAAUAUUUUACAAAGGAUACAUUUUCCUUCUAAUGAGAGUUAUGUAAUUAUCAUAAAACAUUUUAAUAUAUUUUAUUUUCCUUCAGAUUGUAUUAUCUCGUAACCUUUUGUUUUAUUCUACUUUUUUUUUUUACUUAUGUUUUAUUUCAAACAAUCAAUUGCUAAAGCCGCUGCAAUUAUCAUAGUGAGCAACAGAAAUAGUAAUGCUCCUUAUUAUUCUAAAUGUUUAAAAAAAAUUCUAUUACUUUAUUAUUUGUGCUUUCAAAUGUUCAAUUUUCUGUUUAAAAUGUGUGUUUUGCUGCAUGAAAAGACAAACAUUUCUCAUAGUUUCUCUUACAAUUUGGCAACUUUUUGUUUUUCAAUUUUGUUGCUUUAUCCAAUGCUACAUCACUCUAUUAAACAGUUAUUAAUAUGGCAUUUUAUACAAGACACACUUUUUAAACUUAUUUUAUCCAACUGCUACAUCAACUUAUUUUUUUAUGAUUCAUAUCUGUGUCAAAUCAUGAUUGUAUUCCACCCUUCAAUUUUCAUCACUUUCAUUUUCUUAUAGUUGAAAGAUAGCAAGACUAAAACAUUCUACAAGUAAUUAUCCCAUUACCUCCUGUAACCUUAGACAUAUGAUGUUAUAGUAGGCGUUUAUUUUAUUUUGCUUUAUUGAUCCCCACCCCAAUGAUUUAAUUAUACGCUCCCUAUCAUAUGUAUAUAUGCAUAUAUAUUAGGUUGUCAAGAAAGUUCUUGUGGUUUUUAACCUUUAAAUUCAGAUGCACAUAUCUUGGCUCAAACAAAACUUUAUUAAUCGAAAUAAACACCAUCAGAAUCAACACAUUUUUGCCAACGUGAAACAGGUUUAUUUAUGCCAAUAGUGUAAAAAUCCUGCAUUCUGGUGGCGAUGAAGUCGUUGAAGGCAUGUUUGGCAUCGUCUUGGCUUUUGAAGCAUUUCUCACGCAGGAAGUUGUUGAGACACUUGAAAAAGUGGUAGUCGGUAGGCGAGAGGUCUGGUGAGUAUGGAGGAUGAGGUAGAGUUUCGUAGCUGCAGGGUCAGUUGUGCGACGUGCAGCUGAGCAUUGUCGUGGAGAAGAAUUGGUCCUUUUCUAUUGACCAAUGCUGGCUGUUGUUGUUGGAGUUUCUUAUGCAUUUCAUCUAUUUGCUGACAGUACUUCUCUGCCAUAAUAAUUUUGCCUGGAUCCAAAAAGCAGUGAUGGAUGAGACCAGUGGCAGACCACCAAACAGUCACCAUGACCUUGUUUUGGUGCAACUUUGGCUUCGGGAAGUGCUGUGAAGCUCCGUUGGUAUCCAGCCACUGAGCUAAGCAUCACCAGUUGUUAUAAAGAAUCCACUUUUCAUUGCAAGUCACAAUCUGGUCGAGAAACGGGUCGUUCUUGUUGCAUAAAAGAAAGGAAGACGACACUUCAAGACAGUGUUUUUUUGGUUGUCGUUCAAUUCGUGCGGCACCCAUUUCUCAAGUAUUUUUGUUUUUCCAAUCUCUUUCAAGUGGUUGGAAAUUGUCAUGUAUGUUACGUCUAAUUCAGAAGCAAGCUCUCGAACAGUUGUGCGUGGAUUGGCUUCCACUAAGGCUCUUAGUUGAUCGUUGUCAACAUCCGAUAGCCAACCACUACGCUUAUCAUCUU